UGGCUGCUUUAUAUUCUUUGUUUUACUGUCGUUAAUGCCUGCAGGUAUGUUACUGGAUGAUGUCAUCUGCUUUCAAUACCCUUUGUUCUUUCAUUGCCGCAGUCUUUGUGCUUCCCUUUGCUGUCAAUGUCGAUAUUGCUUCUUUUCACCAGCUUUGAUGGCUCUGUAAAAUGAUCCAUAGUGGUAUACACGUAGGUUUCUAUCCAUGGCUGGCUAUAUAUUCCCGUAAUUUCCAUUUGUGAUUGUAAUACAACACCGGCGUUUAUUCUCCAUCUUUGCAUAAAUCACACCCAGAAGCACUUGCAUCGACAUUAGACAUGGCCGUUACAUCCUUUGAAGCUUCAGUCUUGAUUGGCCUAGUAAGCCUAGUCGGCAUAAUAGCCUGCGUAUACUUUUCUGUGAGCCCAGCGAGACCUAAAAACCCUCUACCACCUCGCCAAUUCCAAGACCCGGAAAGUUGUCACCUUAUCAUGACAGGAGAAAGGCUUCCCGACGGCAGCGAAAAUCUACUGUCUCAAUUCGAAUCCAGAGCGCGUCCAAACCACCGACUUCGAAUUGCAUUUGGUAUUGACAACGCGUUUACGAGUACAGACCAGCCUUAUGUCAAACAGUUCGUGGAACGGGCAAAAAGCCAUGCCAACGUCCCAUCCGCAGACUGGAUCGAUUUGUCCCAGAAGAUUGGCGAUGCAGCUGGAAGCUGGCUGCAAGAUGGAAAAUUGAUCCACUCGCCCAAUCCUCGGAUCAAGUUGACAAGUCUCAUUCAGGCUUUAUCCUUGCGGGUCGUCCUGCUCACCUUCUUCGGACUGGGAUCGGAAGUUCUGGGGGAUGGUGCCAAUGGUGAUUUGAUCAACCUUGCUGGAGCAAUAAAUUGGGCAUGGAUGGCAUCGAAAGAAGAACAUACCAUGCCUCGGUUCGAAGAUAAUGUUUAUCUGCAAAAAUGCUUAUUCGCCAUCCUCCCCGAUCAAGACAUGCACAACCCAAAGGGAAAUCCGUUAAACUUCAUUCUACCUGGAUUCGAAACGAUGUGGCGUGUUGUGUUGCGGUUGUUCCUUGAGGUUCAGUUUGCCGAUAACGAGCAUCGCGACAUCCUGAUUCACUUUGCCGAAACACCAACAAAAACGCAAUUCCAGCAGCUGGACGGCAACAGACGUGUUUGCGCAGAAUUCCUGGUCAACGAGGCUCUACGGCUCUAUCCCCCGACACGACGGAUCUAUCGAGCUUUCCAACUUCGGACAGAUGCCGAGCCUCUGGUUGUUGCUGCGGAUGUGGAAAGCUGCCAUACAGAUGCUGAAAUCUGGGGGCAUGAUGCCACUGUCUUCAAUCCGGAGAGGUGGACACGGUUGACCAGCGAGCAACGAAACGCAUUCUUUCCUUUUGGGAGUGCACCUUUUGUCUGUCCGGCAAAACCAGUCUUUGGGCCUAGGGUGAUUGGAUUGCUUGUCGGGGUUUUGCAUGGUGAAAUCGGAUGGAAAUGGAAGGUACACUCGGAUGAUGAAGCUAUGAUGGAGCAUCUUCGUUCCAGACAGAGGUUGAAGAACGAGAGGGAUACAUAUGAAGAUGUGUAUCUGGUUGGUCAAUCUGGAUGGAUAGAAUAGAAAUCACCGACAUCCUGAGGAUGAG